GGGCCGCUGCCCGCCGAGCCGGGCCUGGCAGCCCCGCGUCCCCCACACGCGCCCCCCGCGACCCCCGCCGAGCAGCGCGGCAGCCAGCCAGGGCCCCGAGAGCGCAGGGGACCGGCCUCCCCAGCCCUGUGGGCCCCGCGCUGCUCUCCUGGCUGCCAGCUGCCAUGUCCAGCCAGUGCCCCUCCCUCGUGCAACGAGCUGACCCAGGGUGCCAGCCCAUCCGGUGGCCUCAAUGAAGUGGUGACCACUCCGACCAGCAGGGGUGGAAGAUGGUACCAGCCAACCCCAAGCCAGACGAGGCGCCCGCAGCUGUCCACGCCGCGAGAUGGAGGAGCCCACGCCCGAGCCCGUCUACGUGGACGUGGACAAAGGGCUGACCCUGGCCUGCUUUGUGUUCCUCUGCCUCUUCCUCAUCGUCAUGAUCAUCCGCUGUGCCAAGGUCAUCAUGGACCCUUACAGCGCCAUCCCGACGUCCACCUGGGAAGAGCAGCACCUGGAUGACUGACGGCUGCGGGAUGUGCCACCGGCCUGCAGGCCCCUAGACACGAGGACCAGACUGGCGCCCGGGGGUGGGGGACGUGCCCCGUGGCCUCAGCUGCUCUCCCACAAGCCCCGCGGGGACAGGCUUGGGGUGCUGUGGACAUUCCUGCCAUGGGCAGUCCGGGGACCGCUGUGACUGUGGGGCGGUCCACUCCCCACGCCCCAGUGCAGACACCCACCAUCACACCACAGUGGUCUCGCCCUAAGGAGACCUCCUGCCCUUAAAAUUCCAAUGAGCACGUGGCUUGCCCUGGGUGCUCCCAGCACAGAUGACCCCUGCACCCCAUCCCUUCCCAUGGGCCAGCGGCGCAGCGGGUGGCGAGGUGGGAAAGGAGAUGGCAGGGGCCUCGCCUGAAAUCUCACCCAGGGCAUUGGGCUGCUUCCCAGCCAUAUUUUUUUAAACAGAGAGGGGUAUAUUUUUCCUGUUAAAAAUGAGAUGUGCAUUUUAGAAAUUUGGGGAAAUACAGAAACAUAGAAGGCAAAGGGGAAAAUAACACUUAUAAUCCCACCUCCCAGAAGUCACCACUUUGCAGUACUUUCUCCCAGCCUUUUUCACACACGUAUUUUUUUAGAGAGUCCCGUUGGCAACAGGCACGGUAUCGCAUCAUCCAUUCAGCGCACGGACACUUGCCCAAUCCGCCCGACACCCUGCACAGCCAUCACUGCUGGUGGCUGCAGAGUCCCACCAGGUGGCGGGGUCGUAGUGUAACACUCAUGUCUCUUGGUCCCAUUUACUGAUUUUUCCUCACACACAGUGAUUCCACCCAGUAACCUCUUGAGAGUCUACAGCACGGAUACUGGAUGGGGAGACCGGGGUUCUAGGCCUGUCACUCACUCAAAGGCUGUGUGACCGUGACAGGUCCCUUCGCCUCUCGGUGCCUCAGUUUCUCCGUGUUCCGAUGCAGAGGAGCAGCCCUGUGCGUGGGGGCAGGGACAGAGCUGUGGAUACGGACUCUCCCGGGGCCUCCGUCCUCCCUCCUCGCCACCCUCCACCCCCCUGGCACCCCGUCCCACUAGGACGUCACAGCACAGCCCACAAACAGGCUCCCAAGUCCCAACUCCGCUACGCCCUUGCGCUAUGACCCCAAAUAAGUCAGCUUCUCUGAGCCCCCAUUUCCUCAUCCGCCACGUGGGGGAGGAACACACCUCACGAGGUGAUUGUGGGGAAGACAUGAAAGAACGCGGGCAAACCUUCCUGUCCUUUCUUGAUUCCAGCACCCAGGAGAAGCCAGGGGUCUGAUCGGAGGAGCCAAGGUUCUGGGGAUCCCCCUGCCCCCUGGUUCUCCCCAGCCUCCCGCAGGCAGAACCUCCAGCCAGGACCCCGGUCAGAGGAACGCUCACAGCAACCUCUCCCAGCACCUGACCUCAAGGGACAUGGUGUCUAUUAAUUUACGUAUGUAAUUGUCAUCGUCAUCCGUGUGCACACGUGCUGUGGCGUGAACGGGACCAGCCGAACGCCCCUUCUCUGAAUGCACCGUCCCACCGCUCCGAGGCAUGGCCUCUGGCCACCCGAAGAGACCUGCAGCUGUGAGGAAGCGCAAGGCCCCCUUCCCACCACGGCGCCCAGCCACGGGUCCCACUCCAACCCAGGCCACCUGGGAAACGGGUUUCCAAAGCACUGUCACCUCUUGGUGACCCGAGAGUGAACAAAGCCACAGCUGUUCAGGCAGCAUUCCAGGGCGCAGCCAGCUGUUCCACGCCCCCCCACCCCCCACGCACAUACGCUAUGUGGGAUGCACAAAGGGACAGCUGGCCAAGGCCGUGGACCAAGACGCAUGGAGGCUGUGUCGGGGGGAGGACCGAGAGCAGGGACCUGAGCACUCAGCCCGGCCGCCGCAGCCUUCACUCUGCAGCCUACCUCAGAAACACCAGGCGCUUCUGGAAAGGCCCAUCGGCGUGGAUGACAGUGUACAUCAGAACCAGCUCCCACCCAGCUCCCAACCAGAGACACGUGGGGUCGCAGAUCCGAAGGGACAGAGAGGUCGUGAAGACCUCCCGGAGCUGCUUCAGAACCCUCAGUAGUGAAAACCACGGUGUCCUAGGACCCGCUGCUCCAAUGGUGGCGAAGGACCCACAGUAUCUGCACGGGAGGAGCUUGUGGGAAACCCCAAGUCGUGGCCCUUCUCCACACCUAGAGGAUCAGAAUCUCGGGGGUGGUGCCCCAAACCUACCAGCACGACCACCCCGUGACCUGUGUGCACAGUGAUGGAUGAGAGGCACUGCCCUGGGAUCCCGUGGUCCCAAUAAUUCCUUUCCAC